CCUCAGCUGUUCUUCCUCCUCAUCAUGCAAAUAUCUUGUAGGUAAAUCCACAGAGAAAAGUGUGUUUCGACGAAGAAUCGCGCUCACGGAAGUUCAUGCAGUCUUGUCGCGAGACAAUUUGGGGGAUACGAAGUGGCUGUGGAACUCCACACUAUGUAAGCGCAGGAAAUGCGGUACCGUGUUUUCUGAUAUGACUCGGGAUCUCAAGCCAUGUCGGCUUUUUGGGUGCGAUUUCGCCUGGUGAGAUGUAAGCAGAGUCGGAAGAAAUUGGGUUGUCGAGAGUCGCUUUGGCCCGUGCGCCCGGUGAAUUCGCGGAUCUCGGGUUGCGUCAUGACUUUCGUCCGUGGAUUUUGGACUAGAUAAUUAGUACCAUGGACGCCUCCCAACACAGGGUUUCAAUCCCACCUUUGAUAAAUCUCUUCGUUUUCAGGCAGUCAUGAUACAUGGCUCGCAACUCCUGCGAGUUGCUAGAAUACCUCAUGCUAACCUACGAUUCCUAACCUCUACUCCAACCCUCACGCGACAACUACGACCCUCAAUCGCGCGCCAUGUUCAGUCGCAAGCAUGGCAGCCUUUACGCCCUCCCAACCCCGCAGAGUUGCCUAAACCCAAACCUCGCAAGAUAAAACCCCCAUUUCGCCGCAGAAAGUGGGUGCGGCGCCUCGCCAUCUUCUCCACGUUGCUCGGCACUGGAUACGUCGCCGACAAGUAUCUCAAUGCCUCCGCCCUCACACGAAGCUCGCGCACGUUUUAUACGGGGCUGUUAAUUGGCUUGGACUACAAAAUCAACUUCCGCCCGAACCCGCCCCUGGUUGACAGUAUCGAAGCAUUGCAUGCUCGCAACGCGCAGAGGGUCUUUGAGCUGCUGAGGUACAAUGGAGGUCUCUAUCUGAAGAUCGGCCAGGCAAUUGCGAUGCAGAGCGCGAUAUUACCCCCCGAGUUUCAACAGAUGUUCAGCAAGAUGUUCGAUGACGCACCGCAAAAUGAGUGGUGGGAAGUCGAGAAGGUGAUUAAAGAAGACUUUGGCAAAAGUGUGGAAGAAGUUUUUGGCGUGAGUUUUGCGCAGGAACAAGGCAAAGGGGUAAUGGAAAAGACGGCCAGAGCGAGCGCGAGUGUGGCGCAAGUACAUUGGGCCCGGCUAGCGGACGGAAGGGAGGUCGCCAUCAAGAUCCAGAAGAGAGAGAUCGCAAGCCAGGUGGGAUGGGACCUAUGGGCUUUCAAAGUUGUAGCCAGAACGUACUCCUGGUGGUUUGGCAUUCCGAUCUAUACUCUUGUGCCAUACAUCACGGAGCGCUUGAUGCUGGAAACGGAUUUCGAGAACGAGGCGAACAACGCACGACAAAUGAGGGAACUCGUCGCGGGAGAAAAAAGGCUGAACGGGAGAGUGUACAUCCCAGAGGUGUACAGUGAGUUGUCGAGUAAGAGAGUCAUGACAGCUGAAUGGAUUGAAGGUGUGCGUCUUUGGGAUAAGGAAGGCAUCACGAAUCGAUGGAAGGGCGGAUGGCACCAGGGAAGUCCUGGAGCCGGUGGCACUCGGCUUCCACCAUUGCCCCAAAACCAGGUCGAUAUCGACACUCGAGUGCCUGAGGAUGCACCAAAAAACCCUCUGUUCAAGCCGAAUCGUUCAAGCUGGCGCGGCGCCAACACAAGCGGUGGACUCGGCCUUUCACUCAAGACCACUAUGAACACUAUCGUGGAUCUCUUCAGCGCGCAGAUGUUCCUGUGGGGCAUUGUACAUUGCGAUCCCCAUCCUGGCAACAUUUUCAUUCGCCGUCUUCCCAAUGGCGACCCUGAAGUUGUUUUGAUUGAUCAUGGCCUAUACAUUCAGAUGAACCCUAAGUUCCGGCAUCAAUACGCACUAUUCUGGAAGUCUCUUCUCGCCUUUGACAACGACACCAUCAAAGAUGUGGUCAGCGAAUGGGGCAUUAAUCAGCCUGAUAUAUUUGCCUCUGCGACGCUGAUGCGGCCAUAUGCAGGCGGAGACAACUCCACGCUCAACGAGCUCCGAAAAAAUCCCAAAGGGAAAACACAGCAAGAACGGGCUUUCGAGAUCCAAGCCAAAGCUCGCGAUGGCAUCAAGCAGAUGCUCGGCGACGAAAACAAAUGGCCUCGCGAACUCAUCUUCAUAGGUCGCAAUCUGCGAAUUGUUCAGGGCAACAAUCAGUUCCUUGGGUCUCCGGUCAAUCGAAUCAAGAUCACUGGGCUGUGGGCCAGUCGCGCAUUAACCGAAAGCAUGGACUUGAGCAGACAGGAAAGAUGGUCCAAUUGGGUGAAGCAUUUGAGAUUCAGAUUCGUGCUACUAUUAAGCGAUGCAGUAUUCUUCUAUUCGAGAGUCAAGCAAGUGCUAGGCCUCGGUCUAGGUAUGGAAGAGGACAUCGAGCAGAGGAUGCGGGUCAUGGCGAAGGACUUUGGAGUUGAACUUAAUCAUGGAGUCUUUGAAGGAUGA